AUGGUAUGUAACACAACAUGGGAUGGGGUCUCGUGUUGGUUACCCACAGCUGUCGGACAAUUAUCAGUGAUUCCGUGUUUUUCCACAUUUAAUAAAGUUCAUUACGACACGACUCAGAAUGCCUCGCGUUUAUGUCAUUUGAACGGCUCGUGGGCCGAGAGAGCCGACUAUAACCGAUGCACACCAUUGACCGACGAGUUUGAGAUACCAUCGACGCUAUGGGAUGUGAGAGAGACGGCAACGAUUUACUACAUCGGAUACGGCUUAUCACUGAUUGCUCUGUCAAUAGCGUUGUGGAUAUUUUUAGAUUUGCGUUGUGUUCGUAAUACCAUUCAUACAAAUCUGAUGAUCACAUAUAUGUAUAUUGAUGUCUUUGUUCUGCUCAUUGCCAUUUGUUGGAUUAUAACCGAUCGACUUCAUUCAUAUCCCUCGUCAAACAUUUCAAAUAACGCGUCAUGUUUUCUGGUUAUUCUCCUCACAUACUUAAUGGGAACCAAUUUCUUCUGGAUGUUUGUCGAAGGACUCUAUUUAUACAUUUUGGUCGUCAAAACAUUUUCUAUAGAACUGGUGAAAGUCCACAUCUAUGCCUUCAUAGGCUGGGGUUUGCCGGCACUGGUCGUUAUGGUUUGGGCUCCAGUCAAAGCAUAUCUCAGUGGCAGCCCAGACCGUCCAUACGGGCCAUCGGGGUGCCCAUGGCAACUCAAGGACUUCUUUGACUAUAUCUUUAUAUGUCCAGUAAUUCUGGUACUUCUGAUUAUGUGGGUUUUGAUCACUAAACUCCGGGCGGCGACCAGUGCUGAGUCCAAACAAUAUUGGUUA